UAUUGCAGAAUCUGUUACUACUGUGUUCGUUCAGAGCUACGAUUGAUGCUUAAACUUUUAUAUUUAAUCACAGAUUUCUCAAUAUCCUUUAUUAUGUAACUGUGUGGGUUAGAAACAAAAUGGACAGGAUGAAAUGUAAGAGGUGAUCAGCUUAGGGUCCUCUUAAUUUGAUAAGAACUGAUGUAGGGAGUAUGCUUUUGCCAAUAUUGUAGCUUAUUUAAUUACAAAUGAGACUUUGUAGUAGUUACUGUUCUGGAAUAUAAGAUACUUAGUGACCUUAGAAAACAGUCAAAUAAUUUGCUUAUUUUUAUCUGUAUUUCAGAGAGCUAUUUUAAUAUUCACUCAGAAUUCUUAGUACACUAGGAAUAAUAGAACUUGACAUACAUGAUUUAAAAUUUCUUUGCUAAUUUGUAGUUGGAAGGGGGAGUGGGACAGGGGUGUCGCUCAUUUCUCCCAAAGAGAACUUUAAUUUUGUCACCAGGCUAUGAAAACGAAAAUCUGGUUUUAAGUUUUUGCUUGGAGGGCUAGCCAGUCCCACCUGGUACACCUGCCCUGCUUUGACCAUGCUUCCUAAGAGGCAGAUUUCUUGUGAAGACUGUGUGUAGACAGUUACCGUCAAUCCCAUCUGCAGUGACACUGAGUAUUUUUCUAAAAGUAGAAGGAUGACUUCACCCGAAGCUAUUAGUAACCCGGGUUUAAUUUUUACUAGCAGAAAUGGAAAGGAAAUGAAUGCUGCGAUUUUUAAGGGGGUUGCUAUUCAAAGAACUAAUACUAGAAACACAUUUUUGUCUUACUGAACCAAUUAUGGCGAUGUCUUCCCACGUUGGUGAGGUUAAUGAUCUGUUUGUGAGGUCAAGGAUGGUUUUAGAAAAGUCACUCCCUACUUAGCAGUGGCUUGAAACCUUUGAUAAUUUUGUUUUUUACAAGUGACAAAUAAUAAAGUAAGAUUAUUUAACAGGAACCUUGCAGGUGAGGGUGUAAGUACAGCUAAGCAUUUUUGCACUGUGAGUUGUGCUUGGACAGGUAAAUCAUUCCAUUUCUGCUCAGUGUUCUGUUAUUUGAGAACUGUUUUGAUCCAUUUCUCUUACACUUGUUUUCAGAGUAGAGAGUAAGGCUGGUGAUUGCAAAAUACUUUCACUGGUAUGAAUGGAAUUUUUUCCAAGUGCUUUUCCAUCAUUGGUCCAUUCUUAGUCACUUUGAGAAAUGCUACCUGUUUCUUUUUCUUUCAUGUUUUAGAAGCUAGAAUUCGAACUUGUUCUUGUAGUCUACUGAUUUCUUUGCCUAAAAUUUAUCGUGCUUUCCAGAAGAGCAUCUUUAAUGAUCAGUAGGAUUUAUUUACCAAAAUUCAGAAGGGCGUGCCGGCCUUUUGUAUUUAUAACAGUAGGAGUUGUAAGGGAUGUUAAAUUUUUACUUGGGAUUUUGUUAGUGGAUCUGUGCUGAAGCCUGAGAUUUAUAGCUUUUUGGGGGAGAGAGGUUUUGUGUGGAACUGAACAUGUCCAUGUGGAUCUUUUUUAUCUUUUGGGGCAAACCCUCCCUUUUCCGGGUUCCUGGUGCCACUCAAAUUUACUGUUGUAUGUAUUAGAUUUACGUAUUUCCGUGGCUCUGUCUUGCGCCUGGUCUCAGACUGUAUUCUUUACUCUUUAUAUUUGCCCCAAGAAAUAUUGUUGAACUUCUCAGUGGGGACAUGAAUAACUGAGUGGUUGAAUGAUUCACUCACAGACAAAUUCCUCACAUCUGUGUGCAAAGCCACUAUGCAGACCAAAGGGUGUUUCUUUUUAAAAAGUCGAUUGCCUUUAUACUUUUGAGUAGAUAACAUAAUGGCCACACAAUAUAUUUGUGACCCUUUGGAGAGAUGGCUGUAAGUAAAUAUGGGGAAUGGACCUGGACCAGACAUGGUGACCCCACAGCUGAAGGAUGUUCUUCUGGGCCUAUGAUAGUAUCUGUCACCUUGCCUGAGAAAUUUGACACACUUGCUAGCUGGGGUUUGCAAACUUUGCUAUCUGCGGAAGCUUCAUUUGUAGCUGAUUGCUGAGUGUUUUUUGGCUCAGGCACCCCUCACUUCCCUGUCCAGAGGUCUGUGGGGAGCUCUUGGUUGUGCUUAAUUUGUCCUGUUUUCACAGGACUUUCUGUGACAUCCCAGGACUUGCUGUUCGUGGCGGCUUCUCAUAGCUGGAAGUGUUAUGUUCUAUCACAUUUGCUCUGUCGUCUUCAGUCUGUGUUUCUAGGUAACAGGUGUAUAGCUUCUGAACCUUUCAUGUGGCUCCUCCCCUACUUGGUGACUGUUGGCAGAGGAGAGCCUUUGCUGCCCUUCUAAGCCUUCAUGUUCAAAACAAAUCACAAGGCUAUAGAUUUUUACAGUUGUAUGCAAGUGUGUAUAGUUAUUUGAAAAGUAUAGUUUUUGGGGACUUUUAUAUUAAAAUAGUUUUGUUGAUACAAGGAUAAAACUCUUACAGUAAUUUUGUAAUUCAUUCUUUCAUAGGUAAUUCUUUUUUUUUUUUUUUAACAUUUUAUUUACUUGAAGGACAGAGAGAUAGACAGACAAGUCUCCCAUGUGCUGGUUCACUCCUCAGACGCUUACAGCAGACAGGGCUGGGCCAGGCCAAAGCAGGGAGCCAGGAGCCAGGAACUUAAUCUAGGUCUGCAUGUGGGUGGCAGGGACUGGCCACUUGAGCCGUCCAUCACUUGCUGACUCCCCUAGUGUGUAUUAGCAGGAAUCUUGAAGUGGACCCAGGACUCUGGGACACAAACCCGUGUACUCCUGUAUAGAUGUAUGGAUACAGGUGUCACAAAUGGCAUUUUUUAAAAGAUUUAUUUAUUAUUUGAAAGGCAGAGUUACAGAGAGAGAGAGAGAGAGAGACAUCUAUCUGCUGGACCACUCCCCAGAUGCCCACAAUGGCUAGGACUGGGCCAGGUCAAAGCCAGGUCAAAGCCAGGACCCUGGAACUCCAGCCAGGUCUCCCACCUGUGUGUCAGGGCCCCAAGGACUUGUGCCUUCUUCUGCUGCUUUCCCAGGAGGAUUAACAGGCCCAGAAGUGGAGCAGCCAGGACUUGAAGCAGCACUCAUGUGGGAUGCCAGUGUUGCAGGAGGCGGGUUAACCACCUGUUGUACCACAGCACUGACCCCCAAUGGCAUCCCAACCACUACACUAAACACCUGCCCCGGAGCUAAUUCUUAAGGAAGGUAUAUUUUGUACCAGUUUCUUGCCUUGUUCUUUUAAUUUUAUCUUUUCCCCCAUCUUUUAUCAUCCUCCCUUUCUUAGCACACAUACAGGGAUAGCACUCGCCUACACACCAAACUGUAAGUCAUGUCAGGAAUGCGUGGAAAAGAGGAGGAAGGGAGCUCUGGCCCUCGGGUUUCCCUGGUGUUGCUCCCUUGGCCUGUGUGGCUGCGUUCUAUUUUUGGCAUGGCACUGACAUACAGGGAUAAUCAGUUACUACACUUUGUUUACUAUGCAAUUACCAACCAUUUCCUAGACUUCCAUAUCACAGGCCCAGGCUGGGUGAUUUCAUUAAGGUUCCCAGCGUUUCAGAUCCAGAUGAGGUUUUCAGUUGAUUUCUUUCCUUGGGCGUUGAAAAAAUGAAAGUAUAAAUAUUUUUCCAAUGCAUUUAAAAACUUACGAAUUAUUUCUCACCAAAAUGCACAAGACAUGUUAUAUGAAAGCUGGAAUGAGAUGUAAGCCUUUUUAAAACCAAUACUUAAGACAUGCAAAGUUUCUUCUAUCCGAUUUUCAGUGUACAUUUCUAAAAAUAUAAAGUAAAAUCUGCUUCACUUUGUGGUAGAUGUAGCCCUGGAAAAUAACGUGAUAUACAUAGCUGCAUUGGGCACUGAAGUGUAUAACCGGCAAGAAUUGGUUGAUACACUUUUUUUUCCUGCAUUAUAAUUUAUGAUUUCUUUUAAAAAGAAAACUAAGCUCUUAAGAGGACAAGUUGAUGAUAUAAAAGGAUUUUGUACUGGGUACCUUAAAAUCAAGCUGGAAAUAAUGUAAAGAGAGCAGAUUUCACCCAUUCUACAGUCACAGUUCUGAGAAGACAACCACACUUUUCUCAGUCUCCCCCCCCCUUCUCUUCAUCAGUUUUUGCAAAGACGUAUUUUUAAUCCACUCUGUCUUCACAGGUUUAAUUUAUCACUAACCAUAAUAUUCAACAAGUAACAAGUAGGAAGACCACAGCUAGUAAACACGUCUUCCCCCCAAGCAUUCCAUAAAUGAGCUGUAAAACUUUUAAAGUGCCUCCCUGAACCUUUAAAGUGGGGUUUGAUUUGUAGAAAUUGAUGUCCAUUUUCCAGGAACAUGAUCGUUGUGUGAGAGGCUGUCCACAGAGGUUCACCACUGAGCAGAGGCCACACAAGUAUAAAACCAGUAUCUGGAGUAGAGCAGAAAAAUUAUUAUGCCUGCAUUCCCUGGGGACUCUUUGGAAAUUGUACAGUGACGUCUUCGGGGAUUUAGUCUGGAGCGCACAGACUGGUGCCUAAAAUGGAAGUAGAUAUCAAUGGCGAGCCCAGAAGUACCCUGAGCACCCUGCCCUUGCCCGUGGCCGAGGCGAGCUCCCCGGGGAAGGCGGAGGCCGAGAAGCCGCGCUGCUCCAGCACGCCCUGCUCCCCGAUGCGCCGGACCGUGUCGGGCUACCAGAUCCUGCACAUGGACUCCAACUAUCUGGUGGGCUUCACCACGGGGGAGGAACUCCUGAAGCUGGCCCAGAAGUGCUCGGGGGGCGAGGAGGGCAAGGGGGAAGGCGUGCCUUCCCUGCGCUCCAAACAGCUGGACGCGGGCCUCGCGCGCUCCUCGCGGGUGUACAAAGGCCGGAGUCGGUACUACCAGCCCUACGAGAUCCCGGCCGUGAACGGCCGGCGGCGCAGGCGGAUGCCCAGCUCAGGAGACAAGUGCACUAAAUCCUUACCUUACGAACCUUACAAGGCCCUCCACGGGCCUCUGCCUCUCUGUCUUCUUAAAGGUAAGAGGGCUCACUCCAAAUCCCUGGACUACCUCAACCUAGAUAAAAUGAGCAUCAAGGAGCCAGCUGACACAGAAGUGCUUCAGUACCAGCUUCAGCACCUGACCCUGCGAGGGGACCGCGUGUUCGCCCGGAAUAACACAUGAACGGCUGGUGCGGACUUCAGCCCGCUGAGGUCGACCUACGCUUGGCUAGAACGGAAAACACACACACACAAAACAAAAAAACAAAAACCGUAAACACCCACUCUUGUACUCUGCUCCUACUUCCCCUUCUAGAUGGUUCUAUCAGCUUAAGUGUGCCUGGAACCUAAAAAUCGUCGGGAUCACACUUUGAACGCAGGAGUGGACUCACAGGUCCUUGGGAGGGGGGAUCAUUUUAGAGCGCGCAGCUGCAAAGAACACAGAAUGUUGACCGUCUGUAUAGCUUUUGAGCCAGGAACGAAGGCUUUGGUGCAUUGCGUCUUUAGGAUUCUGACACUCAGAUGGGGAAUGUUACCUGCUUGGUUGUAGCUGACUUGGUAUGAUUCAUUGCAAAUCUCUCUCUUAAGUACUCAAGUACUUCCGGAAUCUCUGUAUUUUACUAUAACAUGUAUGUGAUGAUUUGUUUUACGAAAUUUAGAACUUGAACAUUGCUGAAUUGGACCACUUUUUAUUUUUAAAUAUUGAGUUUAAAUAUUUUAUAACUGGUUUUGCACUGAAAAAAAAAAAAACUAACACUUCAGAUUAAGAGCAAAGUCUUACUUCUCUUGCCUCAAUAAUAUUAUUGAGCAAUGAGUUUUUUAUUUCCGCAUGGAAAGUUAUUGAUCUCUAUGGCUGUAAAAUAUUUCUUUAUAGCGUUAUUAAAGUGUGUCUUAAUAACAUUAAAUUUGGGAUACAAAGUAUUUAUUUUGCAACCGGAGGAGUGGAAGCUUUUCUAGAAAGUUUCCAAUACGAAGUUGUCAUCAGUUGGAAAAGUUUCCUUAGUGCUAAUUUUCUAAUUUAAAAUUCAUCUGGAACUUUAAAACAGAAAGGAUUCUUUUAAUUGUGGAUGAUAGGCAAAAUCCUGUUUGCAUCUGUAUUCCUGUUAGUGAAUGGAACUUGAGUAGAGGACCUCAUGAUUUCGACUCGUGAAUGCUUGUACUAAAUAUGAAGUAAUGCCAUUCCGCCCGGCGUGGGCUCAGGCCAGUCCUAGUCCUGUGCCACACAGCACUCAUUGAAACCCCAGUUUCUAGGAUUAGUGUAGGAGCCUAAAGCGCUUCUAUAGUUUUAAUGGGUUAAUCCUGGAUUACUUAACAAUUUAUGUCAAUUGCACUGGUUUAAUUUGUUGCUAAAGAAAUAAAGCCCUGGCUUUGGUAACAAAUACAGCUCAACUAUUCUUGAAUAUAUUUUGGGGGGAAAACUGUACGUAACUUACCUUUUGUAAACGUUUCUAUUUUUUUUUUCCUUUUGACUCUUGAAGGUGCAAUUUAUUACCGAAUUGGCAUUUCUGGCAGCAUCAAAUUUGCAUACUUUUAAGUUUUAUUUUGGGGACUGUGAGUUUCUUAGGUGUUAGCGAUCUUGCUUAUAAAAUAAGAACACCUUUUAAUUAAUGAAUGGAUCAUUCCUGGUACAAUUGUGAUUUUCCUUGGGCCAGAAUGAAUGACAGACUCCAUGUAGGGCAGCAUACCGAUUAAAAAAACCCUAGGGACUCGUAAACAAUGUUUUUUACACCUUCCCCUCGGGCACACCAUGUGAGAGAGCCUUGGGGAGGUGGGCCUGCUUCUUACUGAGUUGAUUACCUUUCUUGGUGGGCUGCAAGUUUUCAGCUAUUGUAUAUUUUAAGUAAAUUGCACCUUUGUAACAUAUUGUAUUGGUGAAUGAUCUCUAAGAUUGACUUUAUCUAUACAGUCAAGACAUAGAAUCCUGUCAGAUGCCAAAGAGUUGGGAUUUUUACGUUUAAUGAUUAAACACCAUUAUUUAUUGAUGAUUUACCCUGUGGAACUGUAUUAUUUCUAACUAUGAAAUAAAAGGGUGAUGUAAACACA